AUGGCUGCCCCCCUUCCAACUUCAGGAGUUAUCUCUAAGAUCGUGCAAGUUGGACCAAAGUUUCCCAACUGGAUCCGAAAUCAAAGAUACAUUGAUCAUCUUGAUCUGUCUAACAGCCAAAUUUCAGAUACCAUCCCUAUCUGGUUCUGGAACUUUUCCAACCCAAGUAAUUACUUAAAUCUCUCUUCCAACCAAAUUAGAGGAAAGUUCUCUUCUGAACUUGUUUAUGUUCAAGAGAUUGAUUUGAGUUCAAAUUAUUUUGAUGGACCACUCCCACCAAUUUCAGCAGAAUGUUUGAAAAUUAAUCUGUCCCAGAACAAGUUCUCAGGAACACUCAUUUCCCUAUCUAUUGUUGAAAACUUGUCAUUACGGUAUCUUGAUAUCUCACAUAACCAAUUGUCCGGUGCACUUCCUGAUAAUUGGAUGCAUUUUCAAGGUCUAGUGUUUCUUAAUUUGGGGUAUAAUAAUUUUUCUGGCAGAAUUCCAACAUCUAUAGGGUACCUUGUUUCUCUACAGACACUGAUUCUACGAAGCAAUAACCUCUACGGUGAACUUCCUUCAUCUCUUAGAAACUGCAGCAUUCUUGGUUUUGCAGAUUUUGGGUUAAAUAAGCUAUCAGGAAAGGUGCCAUCAUGGAUUGGGAAAGACCUACCUCAGUUGUAUGCUCUAAUUCUAAAAUCUAAUCGAUUUCAUGGAAGCAUGCCUCAUGAAAUUUGUUAUCUGUCAAAUCUUCAUUUCCUAGACAUGUCUAUAAACACAAUAUCUGGAACCAUUCCUCUAUGCUUUUAUAAUCUUACUGCCAUGAUUAGAAAAGGAAGUGAAGUUGCAGAGCACACCUACUCUUCGGUGGACUUUACAGAUAUCAUUGCAAGUCCUCCAGAAGGCGCUCCAACAACAAACUUCACUUAUUUUGAUAAUGUAUUGGCAAGAUGGAAAGGGCAGGAGUUUCAGUAUGGAAGCAAUUUUGCUUAUCUGAAGAUGAUCGAUUUGUCAGCCAAUAACUUGACUGGAGAAAUUCCAGUAGGGGUGACCAAACUUCUAGAACUCAAAGGAUUAAACUUGUCAGGGAAUAGGUUUAAUGGAAAAGUUCCACUAAAGAUUGGACAAUUGAAAGGAUUAGAAUGCUUAGAUUUGUCGGCAAACAAAUUUUCAGGUGAAAUUCCUCAAAGCAUGUCUGGAUUAUAUUUUCUUGCGUUUUUAAAUCUCUCCAACAACAACUUUUCGGGAAGAAUUCCAUCUGGUACUCAACUCCAAGGAUUCAAUACUUCCACAUAUGAGGGGAACACUGGGCUCUGUGGUAAACCACUAAUAAAUAUUUGUCCUGGAAAUGAACCAGCUGAUAAUGAUGGGCGUUCUUCUAAUGAGUUUGAAGUUGAAGGAGACGACAGUGAAUAUGAGAGGUGGCUUUAUAUAAGUGUAGUUCUUGGCUUCAGCACUACCUUUUGGGGCAUGAUUGGAACUUUAGUGCUAAACCGUCGUUGGAGAUAUUCGUAUUUCCUCUUUCUGGAGAACUUGAAGGAACGAAUUUAUGUUAUGAUGGUUGUGCGCAUUGGCAGACUGCAAAGGAUGAUUUAA